CGUAAUUUUAAAUCGAGUGUUGCUUUCGAAUAUUCACACAUAACAAAUUCUGCUUCUUUACUUGAUGGAACAUUCAUGCCCUUGUCGAGACCCCCUGCUAGUAUACUGUUCUCGGCGAUUGCAUCACCUUCCGCACGAGAGGUUCUAAUCAAUUCUCCGAUCUCUGCUUGAGCCUAUUGGCUUCCCUCAAACUUUGUGCUCGAUCUUGUCGUUGGUUUCCAAGUGUUGAGCUUUCACUGGACGCCCUGUCUUGCCCAAGCAGCGAGGCAUGUCCUCCAUCUCCGGCAGCCAAUCGUCUCAGUUCCUCCCCCCUCAGUCUGCGCAGCCAUACACAUCCCUGUUUGGAGGUUCCAGCAGUCAAGAUGUACCAGACUUGGAACCGUAUUCCCUUACGCAGCAGGGCGCUGCGUUUGACCCAAAUGAGCUCGAUACCAUCAUGGAAGAUGGGUCCUUGAUCGAGGAAAACGACUUUUCCGAUGACGAUGCUACCUACAAUGAGAGUGGCGAUGAAGGCUCAGACCUAGAUGCUCAGCCAGACCUUCCAACUGCGAAGAGCAGAAAAGACAGAAAGGGCGAUAUCGCGACGACUAGUGCUUCACCGCAGCUCCUCAGCAGCCCGCCAUCUUCACCUUCAUAUCGUCCUAAUCGAUUCCGAGGCCCGGAGUCUACCUGGAGAAAGUUGACGGCCGAGGAUAGGCAGAAUGCACAGGCCUUGGAAGACAUCCGGGCCAGGGACCUCGCAGCUCACUUGUAUAACGCCUAUGCUCUGCGGAUGCGGGCUCGCGAGAUAGCCAGACGAGCAGCUGAGAAUGAUGAAUCAGCAAAUGAAACAGAAGCGUUCGCUCCCCCGAAGCGGUGGGCGCUAUGGCCUUUGCCUGCGAAUGAAGUGCCGCGUGGGAGCGAGCACUUUCGAACAAUAGAGGACGAGGCCUGGACAUGGAAAAUGCCGCCAGACCUUCGGCCGAGUGCAGAACUGGAAGAAUCUGUCGUGGCUGUGAUGAUCAAAUCGGCCAAAGAGAGAUUCUACUCGAGACCUUGGGAAGCUAGGGAUGGAUUUUUUUAUCAAAAGGACGGCGCCGUGUCUGAAGGGGAGACUAAGGUUGAGAGCAUUGGCAUGGACGUGGAUGUGAAGAGUGAACCGGAUACUACAGUUGAACUUCCAAUGCGCCCAGUCGUCCAGGCGGACGACGAUAUGUCGCGACAGCAGCUACGGCCUCUCACGCGAAAUAUAAUUACUCAGUUCGACGACGUCCUCCACGGCCUUCAUCAUGCGCGCAAAGGAGUCAUGGGCGCCGAUGAUAGCUCGGCCAGUGAAUGGCAGACCGAUGCAGAUAGCGUCGUCUCCGGCACUUUCUCACCCAAGAAAAGGCGCUCAGGUGAUCGAAGUCUAUCAAGAGGGAGGAAACGCACACGCAGAUCAUCCCAAGGAUCUCAAUCCAGGCACACUCGAUCGCGGAGCACAUACCAGUCUACGGAACGAUCUGAAUCUCAGGGGGCCUCGAAUUCACGAGGGCGAUCGCUCAGUAGCAAGACUCCACGAUCUGCUAGUCGCAUGCGUCUCGGAGCCCGAGACUGGAGCCAGGUCUUAGGAGUCGCCUCGAUGGUCGGGGUUCCCCCCGCCGUGGUAAUGCGCACGGCACAAAGAUGCGCCGGCCUGUUCGGCGAAGACAUGGCAUUCCAAACAUUCAAAGAGGGAACAUUACAGCAAACACGAGACGACAAGCCGGGCUGGGUAUACGCAGAAAGCGACUCCGAAAAGAGCGAGGCCUCUCUACCAUCACCACCACCGAAGCCCAAACGGGGUCGUCCCCGCACGACGUCCCGGGCAGUAUCCGUUCAGGCUGACUCUAAAUCGCGAGCUACCUCUAGGGCUACAUCUCGCGCUACCUCACGGGCAACCAGCCCUGUCAAUGAUAAUGCCGAGGCGACGAUCGAACCUAAGGGCAAAGGACCCCAUCGCAAGAACGAUCUAAUCUGCCCUAUCAAGAGCUGUCGGCGACACACCAAUGGAUUUUCACGAACAUGGAAUCUCAAUCUUCAUAUGAAGCGCGUCCAUCCGGGGUAUCGUUCCAGAAGCACUGGUGCCAGAAGCUCUGCCUCGGUGCGCGGCGAAGAAGACGAGGAAUGAAGCAGGUCUCUAUUU